AACGCGCUUGUGAAUGUCUGUCUAGGUACAAUGUACAAGGGGGAGUUGUUCAUGUGAGACUUUCGUCUACAACCUUCAUUCAUAACAACUCAACGCUUCUCAUAUCUCAUGUCCCUAUGAUUUUCUUUUCUAUGACCUUGGAGCCCCUACACAUGUAUGAUCAUGGAGUAUGGUAAUGAGGAUCAAGUCGAUUGGAGCGAUGGUUCUCCAGAACCCGCAAGGGCCAUAGGAAACGCCUUUCAACCGGUCGAUCAAGAUGCACAACCUAGCACAGCAUCCCUGCCAGCCAACAUAACGUUUGAACUAGAGUCUCCUGAGCAUCCCGAGCACUGGAAUCUUCCAUUCGGAGACGCUGUGCAUGAUGACUCAUCGAAUUCCUCCAGACUGCCUCGAUCUGGCGUUACCCGUUCACAGCGAGCUAGAAUCGGUGUUCAUCUCAAUCGCCGCCAGCCAACAAAAGAAGAUUGGUCACACUUCUCUAUGUAUCAAGCCAGCCAGAAGACAUACGAAGCGGUCUUCCUGAAGUCCUUCCUCAACCAUGCUUUGCAAUCUGAUCAUAUACAAGCAUGCUUUGACAACCGCCCUGACGACCUGGAGAACCUCGAACGAUACUUACAGUCUGUUAUGACCAAUGUAAACCAAAUCAUCACCAAGUCGGUGUGGAAUUCUCACUCUCGUAUGGUGAACAUGCUAGCCAACGAUGAAAAAGAGAACGCCUACUUCUGGGACUACCGGCGAUUCAACAAGAAGGCCAUCAGCAACUUCAGCCCCGAUAACCCAGUACUAGUAGUACACAAGCUGGAACAGUCAUGGCAUCAAGUAGAUCUCAAUCCACCCAUGGUCAGAUAUACGACGAAGGAUUACCCGAUCGGGAAAUAUGCGUCGCCCAUCGAAGAACUUGAUGAAGUUGCUGAAAAGCUCUUCAAACCUCGGAAUCUAGACGAGAAUCUGUCUGCUGGUCGCGCAGUCAAACCCCCGGCGAAGAAAAAUCCAAAUAGCGGCCAAAGAGCAGCAACUCAUCGGGAAGAGAGACUCGAAAUUCCUCGGAAUAAUUGGCUUUCGAAGUUCUCGGUUCCAUCGAAGGGCAAUACUGAAGUGAUCAACAAGCCCCAGGCGCCAUUAGAUCUGCAUCCAAUCCCAAAUACUGGGCAGAGUAGACGUGUGGUAGACCGAGUAGGUGAAAGGAAGGGCCGACACAUAGCUUCGAUCUAUGAGAAUGCACAUGAUGAAUCGAGUAUCCCAGAAAGCGCCAGGGAUAACCAUAGCAUUGUCUCACAGGAGAGAUCAGCUUCCAUAUCUGAAAAUAACAUCAUAUCCAUACGAGAGCUUGCUAGACUAGGUGUGUUCCCACAGAAAGUUGUCCGUAAACCGCGUCUCACAAUCGAUGUUGUUGUAGAACAGGCUGUUGCACAGGGCAUUGUAGAACCACCAACAGCGGAGGUUCGCAGGAUUGUCCAAAAAGCUGCACAGAUCGAAUAUUUUGAGCGUGCGAAGCUUGCUCUUUCACAACGAGCAAACAGUAACGCGAGACUAAACUUGACAGAAGCUUCAUCAACGAUUCCUGAAAAACGGCGCGAGUCAGAAUGGCAGGCAAACGGUGAAUCUCAGAGCGAAGAUUCUGAGCCUGACAUGAUACCCUGCCGAAAAAAGCGCAAGAUGGCAGCGGAUUCAGAGAGUACAAGUGGAUCAAAAACACUCGAGCAACAUCAACAUCUGCCACCAACUGCGUACUUCGAGCGAAAAUCUCUGAACGAGCAAUUUGCAUGGCUCUGUACCGCUAGCCACGCCAUGGGCUAUUACUAUAAUGCCGGCGAUAGAAAACACUGUCUGGGUUGCAAUACAAACCUGAAGUUUUUGCCUAGAGCACGACGAAUGGAUUUUUAUCUGCCAUCUCGGACUUACUACCACCAGUCGGUACCCGGAAAAAUCUGGACGCCAGGAGAGUCAAACAAAGAGAAGAAGAGUGCAGACAAUUUUCACAACGCUAUUGCUAAAACAGCGUUUUGGGCAGCUCGUUAUAGCGGCGCUAAUGAAGAGGAAGCAAGAAAAGCUGCCAUCGAAGCGGUCGAGGAGCAUCUUCGUCCAAAGCCAAAGUCGAAGCCAAAGCCUAAGCCCGUAGAGAAGCAAAAACCUCUCACGCGGCCGAAUCCUCAAGCUGCGGUAGAGGGACCCCACCCAAGCGGCUCCAAGACAUUGGAGCCUAGUCAACAACUACCCGAAGGUGCCUACUGGGAAGCAGCGAAAGAAGGGGAGCCUCACGCUUGGUUAUGUCAGGUCAACCACGCUUUCGGUCGUUACUAUCUUGCCGGAAACAAGAUGUGUUGCCCAGGAUGCGGCUCCAGUAAAAGUGGCCUGGGUAAACAUAGGGAAAUGGACUUCUAUCUCCCUCCCAACACUUACUCUUAUCAAGAUGCUCCUGGUUUGACUAAUUGGAAACCACGCAGACCAUACAAUUUCAAGAAGGGCACAGGGAAAAGGCUUCAUCAACAGCAGACUCACAAUCAGCUCUGCUCAACAAAGUAUUGGGAGGCGAUCGAUGGUGGCCAGGGACAUGAAGAUGCAAUGGCCUCUGCGCUUGAUCAGACAUUCAAUGAUGUUCUAGCUUCACUAGAAGUCGAUCGUGCCAAGCAGGGGUCUCGACCAAAAAAGCUGCAGCGUAGUGGGGGAAGGAUGCGUGCUCCGGAAACUCCAUCGAUUAUGCAUUCAACCUCAAUGACCGAGGAAGCCGCCGGCGACAAUGCUGAGGCAGUUGAAAUCAACGAGGGAUCCAUUUCUCCUGCUGGGUCGCACUCAGCGGGUGGCGCGGAAAAGUCUUUCGGGAAAGUGAGCGGUUCCAGCGUGGACGGAGUUCAUGGGAAGGAAGAUGUGCGCAGCUUCGAUCCACAGACUAUAGAUGCUGUGGUGAUAUCAUCAGAUGACGAUUCACUGAUAAUCAUCCACCUAGCUUUCAUUCGAUUUCCGACCAGAGCGGGCAAGAGAUCACGAGCGGAAAUUCGAGAGGCCUGUUUGUCUGACGCGAGAUCUCGUUCCCUAUCUAAUUGGGGGCCAUCCUCUUUUGAAUCGGUCCCCAUUCGGAAAUUUGCACCGGGGAUAUGUGCGGUGGUCAGUGCACGCUGUCUGUUGUGCCUCAGUAUACUUAUUAUAGACCUGUAGAUGCUGCAUCUUUGGACAUAUGUCACUCAAAACAAUCACAAAAAUCUGAUUCAAAAUGUAAUGGUACAGCUGAGCUUUCAUUGAAAUAUUUUCCUGCCAUCACGACUAUGACUUGUAACACUGAAAUCACAAUUUCCCGAGGUCGGCAAAGUAAGAUGGAGGCGCAGCAUCCGGAGAACGAAACCACCCAGUAAUCGAAUACCGAUAACGCAGCAACUUCC